UUCCUCCGUCCAGCUCCAAGCGCAACCAAUGGCCGACAUGAAGAUCGCUCUCCUUGCCGUGGCGGCGGCCUUGCUCGGCACCGCGUCGGCAGCGACCUACAGGGUCGGCGAGCCCAGCGGCGUGUGGGGCAUCAACACCGACUACGCUAGGUGGGUGGCCGACAAGAAGUUCCAGCUGGGCGAUGAGAUCGUCUUCAAGUACUCGCCCACGGGGCACAACGUGGUCGAGGUCACCAAGGCCGGCUACGACUCCUGCAGCACCGCCAAUGCUAUCAACACCUUCAACUCCGGCAACGAUGUUGUCGCCCUCAAUGCCACCGGCACCCGCUACUUCAUCUGUGGCUUCACUGACCACUGCAUCCCGGACGCCCCCCUCACCAUGAAGAUCGUGAUCAACGUCGCGUCGGGUUCCUCCUCGCCGUCGUCACCCACGCCAGCCGCAGGUCCUGGCGCGAGCAACUCUCCCCCGACGCCGCCCUCCUCUGCCGCUACCACCGUCAGGGCCGCGGCAGGAUUUGGCCUCGUCGCCCUACUGGCGGCAGGUCGCAUAUAUUGAUCAACUGUGGUGCCCACAUAUGAGCUUAUAUAUUGUUAACUACAGCUAGUAUCACGGGUGAAUACAUCUAUUAUUAUUUUUAGAGCGAGAAUGCGAUAGUUACUUCUAUGUAUCAUGUUUAAGCGUAAUCUACAAGCGCAAAGUUCC